AUGGCUCCUGCCGGACAGGGUCAAGCUUGGUCACACGUUCUGUGCUGUAUCAAGUGUGACAAAAGAUUUUCUUCGGAAGAUUUACCUGUAAAUCUCGCAUGUGGUCAUGUUAUCUGUAAAUCUUGUGUUCCUUCUCUAUCGAGAACUUGUCCUAUUGAUGAAACUAGUGGCACUCAUCCAUUUGAAGAGUAUCCUGUCAAUGUUCCCCUACUCUCUAUCUGUGUAAAAGAUUUUGAAGAAGAACUACCUCAUUGGCAUUUGGCAAAUAAUGAAUUAAAGAAAACGUUGUCUAGCGUUGAAAAGGAUAUGCUAAGGCUUUCUUCUUUCUUGAAAAAGGCUGAAUCGGAGAGAGGAGGAAGUGUGUUCAGUGAGCUUUUAUCGCGUACGAUGCAAAGGAAGCUCGUAAACUUGAUUUGUUUCCAAUUGGUUGAAGAUGAAGGUAGAUCAAGAGCAUUAAAAACCUGUAGAGCUUUGGUCGAUCGUAUCGUUGCGGAGAUAAUAGCCAUAAACUCUGCUUCCAAUCCAAGUACCCAACUGUGGUCUGAAGUGCGAGCACGAGGUUGCCAAUUUCUAGGACCUGCCAUGCAAGAAGAUGUACUGAAGCUCAUUCUGCUCGCUCUAGGAAAUGGUGCACAAAUCGCAAGGAAAACUCUUGUGAUAUAUGUCGUGCAGCAAAUGACUGAAGACUAUCCUCAAGUUUCCAAGACAUGUGUAGGACAUGUUGUUCAACUGCUAUAUAGAGCUUCAUGUUUCCAUGUCAUCAAAAGAGAUGGAGAGUCUUCAUUAAUGCAGCUGAAAGAUGAAUUCAGAAGUUAUGAAGCACUACGAAAAGAGCACGAUACUCAGAUUGUUCAGAUGGCCAUCGAAGCAGGUCUCAGAAUAUCCCCUGAUCAAUGGUCUUCCCUGCUCUAUGGAGAUUUUCAGCAUCGUUCUCAUAUGCAAUCCAUAAUAGACAAACUGCAUUUACCUUCUAAUGAUCAACUUUGUCUCGAAGAGAUUGAGAACUACGCCAGUCACGGAGAUCCCUUGUUGAUUGAAAUGCUAAAAUAUUUAUCCGUCUUUCGCGAUGUUAAUCCUUUCUACAUAGAGCAUGUUCCUUGGGCUCAGUUCUCUGAAGCAGUGUUUGCUCUGGCCUGUGCUUUGGAGCUGCAUGUCAGUUAUAUCAAACGAAAACAUGAGCUAAAGCAGAAACAAAAAGCAUGGAGAACACCCAAGAAAGAAGAAAAGGCCGCUGCCUAUGUGACUACACGUUACAAAACAAAAAUGUGCCGAGAUGUGGCCAGAGGACAACCUUGCCCUCGCGGUAACCGAUGUACCUAUGCACACUCCGCCGGAGAAAUUCACUCAAGCUUCGCUGAUAUGCCUCCUCCAGUGGCAAUCUCACAGAUUCCAUCUCAUCAUGUGCCUCCACUAGUAAGCCAGACUAUUGACUCUGGUUCAAAUGGCAGCAAGCUUCCAGGCGAACAAAAUUAUACGAGGGCACCACAUCCGGGUAAAGUUACGGCGGUUCCUCCUAAUGUUGGAAUGCAAAGAGUUCAGAUUAUCCGUACUGCUCCUAAUCCUAUGGCCCCUUUGCCUGCUCAUUUCAUCCCUACACCACCACAAGAAGUUGUUCCUAUGAUGCCAAUAGUACCUGUAGUUCCGGCUCCGAAUGGUCCUCAUGCUGUACAAAUGCAGCCUCCAGCAAUGGUCUUGAUGACUCAUCCACCUCCAGGAAACGUCAUGAUGCCUCCCAAAAUUUGGCAAAGUUCUCAACAAACUCUUUUCAUACAUCCUACCUCUCCGCAACAUCCCACUUUUUGGCUUCCAGCACAAAACCCUGGUUACCAAUUGGAGAAUGCACGUGAUAGUUUGUCGAAAAUGGAUCUGCGAGCUGAGCCUGAUGCUGAUCAGCUGGUGAUGAAGAGAAAGGAGAUUCUGAGUCGCUUAGCUCCAUUCACUCUCACUGAUGAUGAAGAUGGAGAUGAUAGCAUUGGCCACGUUUCAUACACAGUAGCUUCAUCUGUUUUGGACGAGAGAAUGGAAUUACAUCCCCAUCCAUUGGUUGUCAUUGGUCGACCACCAAUUGAGCUGCCUCCUCUGCCGACUGCUGUUAUGUCUCCUAAUCCAAACGAAGAAAGCAUAUGCUGUUUCAGUAUGAUGGGCACACCAGAUAUGGUCGCUGGGCUCGCUAGAAACAGAGCUUCCAGUGUCCCAUUCAUAUCAUCUGUGCCGAUCUCAUGUCCGGAAACUUUGGUCUCUCCUGAUGGAACAAGUGUUGCUACAGUGCAAGCUGAUUGCGGUGCCAUGCAGAUAUGCGAUACCAUAUGUCAACCACUCCCAACAGCAGGUAUUCAACCAACACAAGUGUCUACUGUUGCUUUCAUCCCUACAAUAGGGGGAGACCAUGUGGCUGUUAUGCAACCAGCACCUCCUCCAACUCUUCUGGAUGCGCAAGGAGUAGUUUCCAACAGUUUGGAUAAAAUUGUGGACGUAAAGGAAAGGCUGAAUGAAGUCGACAGUGCUGCCAUGUCAUCGGCGGUCAGCCAACAGUUACGUGUCGAACUACAGAUUGCUGAACGAGAAAUGGAUUUGUUGGAUCCUCGAACACAAGCCAGCUGUUUAUUGCGCGAGUUACGCCAGGUUGACCGUGAAUUGGAACGAAUAGAAGCAUGUAGACCUGCGGAGUAA